CAAAAAGAGUGAAAUCCACAGCAACAGCAAUGAAAGUCUCCCCUCUAGCCCCCCAUUACCAUUAUAGCCACUACCAAGCAUCACCAAAUCAAAACACAUUAUAUUUUUAAAAUUAACACACCGUCGCCACUGUCUACCACCAACAUCCACCACUAACUCCGGUUUUUUCUUAGUAGAAUCUCUGGUUUCGUUCGGCGUUAAAGUUGGAGCUCAUGGCGGGUAGUUGCAGUAGCACAAUAUCGGUUUUCUGAAUUCUCCUUCUUCUGCGUGUUUAGUUUUUGUGAGCUGAUCCAACUGGGGAGAAGAACUCGAAAAUGCUUACAUGCAUAGCACGUCCCAAGAAAUCAGGCACGGCCAGCAACAACGAGUCUCUGAGUAAGACCGAUGAUUCCGAUCCCAACAACAAAAACCAGUCCAUGAAAUCUCUCACUUCCCAGAUAAAGGACAUGGCGCUGAAGGCGUCGGGGGCGUACAAGCAUUGCGCGCCGUGCACGGCGGGGCCAGCGGGGAGACUGGUGAGGAGAAACGGGGAGUCGUCGCCGGAGACGGACUCGGACAGGUUCAGGUGGUCGUACCGGAGGACAGGGAGCUCGACGAGAGGUUGGGGGAAGGAGAUGGAGGCGAGGCUGAAGGGGAUAUCGUCGUCGAGUGGGGAAGGCACGCCGAACUCCGCCAGCGGACGGCGGUUGGAGCCGGUGGUUCUGUUCGUCGAAGAGAAUGAACCAAAGGAGUGGGUGGCGAACGUGGAGCCCGGCGUUUUGAUCACCUUCGUGUCGCUUCCACGUGGCGGCAACGAUCUCAAGCGCAUUCGUUUCAGUCGCGAGAUGUUUAACAAAUUGCAAGCUCAAAGGUGGUGGGCGGAGAACUAUGACAGGGUGAUGGAACUUUACAAUGUUCAAAGGCUUAACCGUCAAGCAUUCCCUCUUCCAACGCCGCCAAGGUCCGAAGAUGAGACCUCAAAGCUUGAAUCAGCAGAGGAGAGCCCAGUAACACCACCACUAAGUAGGGAAAGACUAACUCGCAAUUUGCACCGUCCAACAGGUAUGGGAGUGGGGUACUCUUCCUCGGAUUCCUUCGAUCAUCAAUCGAUGCAAUCCCGGAAGCUGCAUGAAUUAAAUGGUGUUAACUCAACUCCAAAAGUCUCAACCAUUAGUGCUGCCAAGACUGAGAUAUCGUCAAUGGAUGCUUCAAUCAGAAGUAGCUCAUCCAGAGAGGCUGAUCAAUCCGGCGAUCUAUCAAUCAGCAAUGCAACCGAUUUGGAUACUGAAUGGGUUGAGCAAGAUGAACCUGGUGUUUAUAUUACCAUCAGAGCAUUGCCAGGUGGCAAAAAGGAGCUCAGACGUGUUAGGUUCAGCCGAGAAAAAUUUGGGGAGAUGCAUGCUAGAUUAUGGUGGGAGGAGAAUCGUGCUAGAAUACAUGAACAAUACUUGUGAGAACUACUGCUGAAUGCUGAUCAUGCAUGAUGCUAUUUCUUAUUAAAUUGUUUUGCCUAUUCUUCUAAGUAUGAUUACAGUUAUAGGUGAUGAAGAUGUUAGUAGAGGUACUAUCCUCGCGCCUCUCAAGCCCUGUUUUUGGCUAUUUACAUAUCUCUACUCACACUUCAGGUUGUUCUGUUGGAUGUGGCUGGCAAAAUAAAUAUAUAGUUUCGUUAAUUAAUAAUACUAUUGG